CAUGUCUAAGGUAAGGUAUGUUGUACGGAGUAAAUACCUGCCCAGGCUCUCUUCACCCAGGUAACAUCGGCGGCGAGAAUUCGAUGGAGUUCUUGUUUUUACCAAUCAUCUGUUCAUUCCCGUUUGAGAAAGCAAAUCAGAUGAACAUGCUGCGGAGCGCAUCAGGCUUACGUUCUUGAACACGCCGCCGGCCGACUUACACGGUCAUCCACUCACCUACCUUACAACCAAACUUUCCGACUCUAAUUCUCCAUCUUCACGGUAUUUUUAUGAUAGUCAUGGCCGGAAUCCCGAUUUCUAGGCCUCUGGGGCAAAGUCCCUCACUACCACCAGGUUUUAUUCCUGCUCGAGACAUUCUUGAAGGACCAGCGAAGCCCAGGCAAUUCGUGAAAGUGAUCGGCCUUGUCAAGGAUUAUCGUCUCCCUGUUCCUACCAGUGGAUCAGAUUACAAAUGCAGUUUGACCUUGUAUGACCUGUCAACGGAGAACGACGGAGGCGACUUGGUGCUGAACGUCUUUCGGCCUCGAGAGAUGAUGCCGGAAGUUGGACCUGGGGAUGUCAUUGUCCUGCUAUCCGCAAAGGUCCAACAAUUCAGGACCGACAGCCAGCAAUCUUUGAUCACACACAAGCAAACAACGAUACACGUAUAUGAGGCAGCUAAAAUCCCACAGUAUCCAAAGUCAGCACGCACAGCACUGAAGCCUGAUAAACUUCAUUCUGGCUCAGAAUCGAGUCCAGCAGUCGAGCAGUAUGUCUCAUGGCUGUACCACAGAAUCAACAAGGACAGUGUUCCCGAGGCUGCCGAAUUUCAGGCGCGGGCAAACCAAUCGACAAACAUCAAGGAAAAGUUCAGCUUGCUGCAAGAUGUAAGACAGGACAUGUUCUGCGAUUUGAUUGUCCAGGUGGCCAAGGAGCCAUACGACAUGGGAGAUAAGGUGACGGUUUGGGUGACCGAUUACACGGAAAAUGCGGCGUUUUUUCACUUCGCAUUGGGCGGCGGAGAUCUAUCCGAGUUACAGUUACACAGAGGCCAGCAACAAGAUCCCUACGGCUAUACUUCAGGUAGGGCAGACGAAAUAGGCACCAGGUCAAGUCUAUAUGACGGAUUUACCGGUCCUUUCGGCAAGAGAUGCAUGCAGGUAACGUGCUACGAACCGCACGCCGCUGUAAUACGGAGCCAAGCCUGCAAAGGAACCUUUGUUAGGCUCCGCAACGUUCAGGUCAAGUAUGGCUCUAAUGGGAACAACCUAGAAGGGUUUCUGCGGGAAGACCACCGGGACUCGGGCAGAACCAAGAUACUGGUUGACGUAUUGAACCCAAAGGAGGGCGGAGAAAACAUGAGCCCCAAGCUGAAAGACCUGCUUCGGCGCAAACGAGACUACGAAAAGGAACGAAAAUCACAACUCAAAGAAUUACAUGCUGAAGCCAGAGGGAAGAAGAGGCAAGCGACCGGUCAUCCUGAUGGUAAGCCCUUGAACUCGAAGCAGAGGAGGGCUCAGGCGCGGGAAAAUGCACGGAAAAAAAUGGAGGAGCAAACCCCCGAUGAUGAGGCUUUGCUUGGACUCAAUGAGCAUGUGAAGUGUGAGCAUGCCGACCAACCUGUGACUGCUCUCAGCGUCAUCCUCGAAAGACACAUAUACCCCGCGACUGUGCAUGGAGCGUCCAUCGACUGCCAACUUCCCUUUACUUGCGCUCGAUAUCGUGCCAAUGUCAGGGUCGUCGAUUUCUUCCCACAAAGGCUGGAAGACUUUGCCUUCCCCCGAAAAGUGAGCGAUUACGAGGCACUAUCUGAUUAUAGCUCAUCCUCCUCGAGCUCAGAGGACGACGAUGCGAGCAUCUUGGGCGGAGAUGGCAGGGAAAGGGUCUGGGAGUGGCGGUUCGCACUCUGCUUGGAACAAGCCAUGCCUUCCUCUGCAAAAGGCCCACGAGAGAAUCUCUGGGCCGUUGUCUCGAACACGGAUGCGCAGCUCCUAACGGGACUGGACGCUUGCGAUUUACGAUACCACCGGGAUACUUUGGCAUCUCUUCGCGAGAGGAUGUUCACCCUCUGGGGGAACCUAGAAGAGGUCAAAGGCACCAGGUCCAGGAAGAAGCGAAGGCGAGGUGGCGCGACGGGGCCCAUUGACAGACCACCGUUGGAUAGCUCAGAUGUCGAAGCCGGUGCCAGGACGACGAGUGUUCGCCCGUCUGACGAUGCAGCGUCGCAGUCAGGGAUCAGUCAGGCUAUCUCCAACCGGCCGUUCAGUUGUUGCAUCCAGCAGUAUGGCAUCAAGGUCGACGAGCCGAACCCGACGAAUGCCAACGCAGGCGAGGGGAAACGGUGGGAGCGCGUCUUCUCGCUCUUUGGCACCAAGGUGGCUUAUACCUAAUAGACCUUACCGUCGACUCCGUGGGGAUUUCGGUGCUCACCAUAACAUGGAAAGAGUUUCAGGGCCUAAAGCUGCAGAUAGGUCACACAGGACUGAUGGUUCGUUAUGUUUGUAGUCGUUCAGCAUUAGAGAUAAUGCCCCCUUUUCUUGCUUCAUCGGAAAUUCAGACCGAGCAAUCGA